CACAGUUUAACCCUUAGGCUGCUUAGGUAACAAGUAGCAAGGGCUACCCCGGCUAGCCUAAUCAUUAGGAAACAGCUCGGGCACCGGAUUUCAAAGGGGACGUUUAUGCGACCACUUAUGUACCAAAGUAGAUUAGGAACAGCUUUAAGCCUUUAAGCUAAAGAUUCAAUGCCUCAAUACCUUAGGUACUAAGCUGAUAAUACUUGUUACAACUUCUUUCGACACCCGACAUAUUUUGAGAAUUGAGAGAAAUGCCUCUCAAGACGCUAUGGACUUUUGGUCGCGCCUCAUAGCAAACACCCGCUUGUCUUCGGGCAGUUCCAGCAAGGAUGCUGCACGGGAUCCUAUACGACGUCGACAACGUUUCGAGAAGGAAUACGGUCAACUACUACAAAUAUGGCGUAACUGUUCCAAUAUAGCUCGAGACGAAGAUGCCGCCGAGAACAUCGAACUCCGCCUCCAGGGGCUCACCAAUAUACUCGCCGACGAAUCCCGACGACCGUUACCUCAUCCUUGUGUAUCCUUCUCCGCUACUAAACAGAUCUACGUUCCCAUCGCCAAGAUAGCUACUUCGUCGUAUAAUGAGUGGAUUAUUAAGGAGGCUGUAUUAUUUUUUGCUACUCUGAUCGAGAGUGAGGAGGAAGCUUUCGUUGAGAGUGACACGUUUUCCGCGAGCUUGACUAACCUUCUGGUCCGUAUCACUGGCGUCAACAGCAUUCGACUAGGACCCGAUACUGAAGUGAAAGUUGUCGAGUUGGCAUUUAAUAUCACCACUAAAAUUCGUCUUGAACCUCGUAUCCUCUCCGCCUGGUUCAAAUCCCGUCCCGAGAGCCAUGCAAAUGAAGAGAAGGCCAAAGAUCAAAGGGAGAAAUUCGCCGGCAGAAUUCAGAAGCAGGACUUCCCUCUUUUCUAUCUAUUGAUGGAUUAUAUCCAUCAUGAAGGGAAAAUCGGUGACUUCGCCCGGACUGGUCUAUUAUACAUAAUCGAAGCUGCUUCAUCCUCCGUUGCUCUGGAACAAUGGAUUGUGGAGAGUGACCUAUCGACGCUGAUGGCCACCGGGCUUGGAGCGUUAUAUAGUCAACUGAGCCGGAAGCUGGUUAUCGACCAUCCCCCAGAAAAUCUUCCUCCGGUCCUUGCUUUGUCUGAUUAUCAACAUCCCACAUCGACCUUCGAAAUUGUUAGUUCUUGCAGCCCGGAUUUUCAGCUGCAUCUGGAGACGUUUCUUUCCCACCUCCUCUUCUGGCAGGAUGUACUCAACCACUGCCGAUCGGGGGAAGUCAAGUCGACUCUCCUCGAACAUUUCCAAGUCAUUUUCCUACAACAAUUGCUGUACCCUUCCCUUUUGGAAUCUUCCGAUGUGGAUGGAGGCUCGUCAGUAGCCGUCUUAACCUAUCUUCGACGUAUACUCGAAGCUUUAGAUCAUCCUGAUAUGAUCAACCUCAUCCUUCACUACCUACUGGCUCUUCCCGAUGCGGAGGCAUCCGCCCCGGCCGACGCUGAGCCGUCGGUGAGCGCCGCACGAAAGCGGAAGUCUAUGGAUCUCGCCACUAUGAUGGCUACUAAAGUUGAAUCUAGCUAUACGCCUCUGCUAUUUAAUCUAGUCGAUUUAAUUCGUUCAUGUUUGAAGUCUCGGAACCAGCAAACCGUGUGUGUUACGCUUCAGCUCGUGGCGGCGAUACUCAAGCGGCAUCACCGAUACGCGACGACGACUCUUCUUCACACAGAAGGCAUUGAUACCAAUACCUCUCGCAGGACGGUGGGUGCUCAUGAACAAGAGGUUGAGUUUCUCACCACUCUUGCUGGGUCUGUUGGAGGACAAGACAAUUUCAACGAGAUAUACGAGAACAUCCUGAAAGAUAGCAUGGCACGUGUAGAAGGUCACCCAUGCUCCCUCAAACUAGUCACUCCGAACCUUCCCACAACCAACACUAAGCUGCCAAUAAUUCCCGACUCUUUACCUGGUGCGCCCGGAGAUGUUCCGCCACAUACGUUGAGCGCAGAAGAUCCUCUUUGGAACAGUAUCUUAGACAUCCUCGAAUCAUUUUUCAUUAAUCCUGUCGAGAUGAACCUUUCAGCUACGGAGACAAUACUCGAUUUGGCGGUAUGCGGAUAUAUAUCUGUCGAGGGAUGGCUUAUGCGACAUCCAAGGAGAUAUUCAUACGAAGGCGAAACGGAUGAAUCUAUAUCUCUCCACUUGGAUCCCGAAUCCGCUUUAUUUGCCGAGACCGAGAAGUUGCAAGCGAUUACCAAGUGUCGUCGUCGGCCGGUAUGGCAGUUGUCGAGCUUGCCACGUAUUUUCACUGUUCUAGAAACACUGGCUGAUCAAGUUGAUUACUUCCGAAGCUCGGUACCUCGAUUCGAGGAACUUUUACAGCAACGUCGUGAGGCUUUCCAAACGGCUGACGCCAUUGUACCGAACCCAGGUUUUUUGCCAGCAUCUACCACGGGAGCCUCUAUACCAGAUCAAGCAAGUCAGGAUGGGUCCCGCGCAACAUCACCGCAGCGACCCAGUGCACUGGAAGGAUUCGCGCAAAGAAUACUGUCUGAAUUUGGAAGUCCAGGCCGGACAGGAAGCCCCCGUGGACGGAAAGAGACAAUUCGGGGGUCGAGCACGGGAUCAGGAACAUCGGGAGGGUACGGAGUUGUCUCACCAACUCCUAAGCCGAUGCCUCCACCUAAAGAAUUUCCUCUGAACUAUGACGAUCCGUCUAAGAGCGGAGUGGCACGAUCACUCUCGCCCGGAAGUCAGCAUUCCGGUAAAGACGGCGCCGUAGUUAACCAAGCCGCCGCAUUCGCAGCUGUCGACCAAGGAAUACUUGCCCGGCAAGUAAGCUUACCGGCACAGAAGAUCGAGCCGAUCCCAUUAGACUUCGAGCGGAAGAAUACCGAUAUCUCAACGGAUGCUGAUCGAGAACAAGGAGGCGAGGACGAAGGGAAACCAGACAACACAGAAGACCAACAUAGCGACAGUGAGAGCGAGGCCGCGAAUCAGUCGAUUGCUCCGACACCACCUGAGACACCACUCGAAGUAAAGACAGCUUCGGUCUCACAUAUCCUCACAAAUAUCAUCAUAUACCAACAAUUCUUAUUAGAGUUAGCGAGUCUAGUUCAGGUCCGGGCAAGUCUAUUCAAUGAGGUUAAGUUUGCUUAAGCGGCAGCACAGUCCAUCAACGCUGCUCACGACUAUCAUGGGUGACGACUACUUUCUCCAGCUCCUUCUCCCAGCGCAAGGGGAAUAUCAUAGGUACUUUGGCGGUGGCGGAGGCUAUUUUUGGCGGGGGUUGGAUGGGUUGGGGGAAAGUUGAGCGAUGCUUACGUGUCACGGGUCUACGAUGGGGUAUAAACUUUGUGAGAAGAGAGUCGAGGUUUCAUAAUAGUGUCUUAUCGAGCAGAGAGUUUUUGUCGCUUCUACGCUAGAUACCAUUUAUUCCAUUCAACGUCCUUGCUGAAUAAGGGACGGAGGCCAUACCAGUAUCAUUCAAAUGUACCUAAAUUACCUUGUUGUGCCCUCGCAUAUAGAUGACCUAUAAUUGUGGCCAUAUUCGUCGGGUUAGUAUUAUAUUAUUCCCUAAGGAGGCUAGGCAUUUUUAGGCAAUGAAAUAUACUGAGUAUAUUAGCGGGGUUUAUUGCCUACCUCUUCGAAGCUAG